AAAAAAAAAAAAAAAAGAGGAAGGAAAGCAGAGAGCAUCAUCGCCAUUCUCCAGUCCAGCUAGCCAGCGAGCAGCAAGUAGCCAGCCACCACCUCAUCCCAGCAGCUCCCCCACCCACUCCUCCCUCCCUCCUCGUUCCCCGCUUGGCCCAUUCUCCUUCCUCUUCCUCGUCUUCGGUCAGCCUCUGAGCUCACGCACGCAAGUAGGCAGGCAGUGGCCAAAGCCAAGGCUGACUGCCUCUCCUCUGCGCUAGCUAGCUAGCAGCACCUCCGGAUCUCGUGACUCUUUCUUGCGUGCGCCUCUCUCUCGGGUCCGGGCGGCGGCCGGGGAUGAAGGCGGGCGAGCGGCCGAAGUUGGUCCGGGGCCUCCGGCAGGAGUCCCGGCGGUUCCGGCUGCUGGUAAUCGUCCUCGGCUUCUUCCUCGUCUCCCUCACCUUCGUCUUCGUCUCCAAGCCCGACGCCAUCCUCUUCGGCCUGAACGGCAAGCUGCCGGUGAACCAGGCGCCGACGUCCAUCCUGAUCCAGCAGAAGGUCAACGACGAGGCCGUGGGCGAGCCCCGGAAAACCUCCACCGACGCUCUCCGGGGUGACCCCAAGGUGGUCGACGACGAAGCUGAUGUGAAACCAAAAGGGACAGGAGGAGGCGGCGGCGAGGAGGAGGAGGCGGGGGGCAGGGUGCUGAGCGAGCCUGACCCGACCAGCGGAAUGAUGGAGCCGACCCACAACAAGGACGGCAACGGCCAUAAAUCCGACGAGGAGACGUUAGGCGGUGGAGGCGAUGGGAAGAUGAAAGGGAAGGAGGAGGAGGAGGAGGAGGGGGAGGGUGAGCACGUGGAUCAGAAACAUAAAGUCACCCUUCCAACCGUUUCCAAUUACACAAUUCAUGAUGCUGCCGAGGAUACUGAAAAUGCCAAGCAAGAAGAUAAUGUCCAGCAGGGUAGCAAGCCCUUAUGUGAUUUCUCUAAUUUUAGAGCAAACGUGUGUGAGAUGCGUGGUGAUGUAAGAAUUCACCCAGCUGCCACGUCGGUCUUGUUCAUGGAGCCUGAUGGUUCGCAGAGGGAUGAGGUGUGGAAAAUUAAGCCAUACCCUCGGAAAGGGGAUGAGUUCUGCCUCAGCCAUAUCACUGAACUGACAGUGAAAUCGAGCAAAGUGGCUCCUGAGUGCACCAAAUACCAUGAUGUGCCUGUUAUAAUCUUUUCACUGACCGGCUACACGGGGAACCUGUUCCAUGACUUCACUGACGUGAUGGUCCCUCUUUUCACUACCGCAAGCGAGUUCAAUGGAGAAGUUGAAUUCCUCAUAACUGACAUGGCACUUUGGUGGACGAUCAAGUACCAGACAGUUCUCCAGAAGCUAACUAAGUAUCCUGUGAUUGAUUUCAGCAAGGACGACCAAGUGCACUGCGUCAAGCAUGCCAUUGUUGGCCUGCAUGCCUACAUGGAGUUCACGAUUGACUCAACAAAGGCACCGCACAAUUAUUCAAUGGUCGAUUUCAACAGAUUCAUGCGUGGAGCUUACUCUCUGGACAGGGACAGUGUAACAGUGCUCGGUCAGUACCCCAAGAUCAAGCCAAGACUCCUCAUCAUCAAGAGGCACCGUACAAGGAUGUUUCUCAACCUGGAUGAGAUCAUUGCAAUGGCCGAGGAGCUUGGCUUUGAGGUGGUGAUCGACGAGGCCAACGUGAGCUCUGACAUCUCCCGGUUUGCGCGGCUGGUUAACUCCGUCGACGUGAUGAUGGGUAUCCAUGGUGCUGGGCUGACGAACUGUGUGUUCCUUCCACAGAAUGGAACACUCAUUCAGAUAGUGCCAUGGGGUGGCCUGGACUGGAUAUCACGCACCGAUUUCGGCAACCCUGCAGAGCUGAUGGGCCUGAGGUACAAACAAUACAGCAUCAGCGUCGACGAGAGCAGCCUCACGGAUCAGUACCCCAGAGAUCAUGAGAUCUUCAAGAAUCCCAUCUCAUUCCACAAGCGCGGAUUCGACUUCAUCAGGCAGACUUUCAUGGAGAACCAGAAUGUGAGGUUGGACUGCAAGAGGUUCAGGCCUAUUCUCUUGGAGGCAUUGGACAAUCUCCACCCUUAGGCGUUGAGCUGCUCCUGUACAACGUUUCAACAUUUUGUCCAUUAUUCGUUCACAUUUUCUGUAGUGAAGUAUGCUGUUUAUUGUCUCUCGUGGGUGACAGGAGGAGGUACGAAUUGUCUAAAUUAUAGAAAUUUUAGAAAGUAUUUCUGUGAUAGUGUUAAACUGUAUAAAUUGCCGUCGCUCCAAGAUGGAACAAUAUUCAUUCUAAUCAUAUAAAGGUUCCUUGAAUUCUUCAUCGA